AUGAAACUAUCCACGCCCCUCGUCCUCGCCGUCGCCGCUUCUUCAGCAUCCGCCCAUACUAUUUUCCUCAGUCUAAACGGCGGCGCAGUCGGCGACGGCGUCCGCGUCCCAACCUACGAUGGCGUAAACACCCCCCCUUCCUCUCAUAAACCCCCCACAAAUCUAACCCCCCACCCCCAGCCCAUCAACGACGUAACCUCCAACGACAUCGUCUGUAACGGCGGCCCCAACCCGACUGCAAAAACCUCCACCGUAAUAACCGUGCAAGCCGGCUCCAGCGCCACACUCCUCUGGCGCCACACACUCACCUCAGGCCCAUCCGACGUAAUCGACGCCUCGCACAAAGGCCCCGUGAUGGCGUACCUGAAGAAAGUCAGCGACGCGAAGACGGACAGCGGCAUCGGAGGCGGCUGGUUCAAGAUUGCGCAGGAUGCGUUUGAUGGGAGUAAGUGGGGGGUUGAUCGGUUGAUUGCGAAUCAGGGGAAACAGGUGGUUACGAUUCCGAAGUGUAUUGCUCCUGGGCAGUAUCUGCUGAGGGGCGAGUUGAUUGCGCUGCAUUCUGCUAGUUCGAAUCUUGGGGCGCAGUUUUAUAUGGAGUGCGCACAAAUCAACAUCGUAGGCGCUUCUGCAGAUAAGACGCCGGCGACUGUGUCUUUCCCUGGUGCUUAUAAACAGAAUGACGCUGGUAUCUUGUAUAAUCUCUACUCGGGAUCGAAGACUUACACGAGUCCUGGACCGGCUGUGUUUACUUGCUAG